AUGACCGACAUCCCCCGACCGCCCACCAAGCAGCGCUUUGGCUGGGUGAAGCGACUAGUGCAGGGCCAAGGGCGCCAGGGCCCGCUGGCGCUGGUGGCGAAGCCGCAGGCAGGCCUGGGGCUCUCGCACAGUUACGUGGUGACGCUGGCGGGGCAAACGAGCGACGAGGACGCCACCCUGCUAGCGCUGCUGGAGCGGCUGGUGCGCCUGCACCUGGAGAUCCACACCAUCCAGCUGGACAACGUGCUGACCAUUCCGUUGAAGCUGGUGAUCUCGGUCCAGCUGACGAAGCUGCCGCUGAUCUUGCUGGACCCGCACGGCGCCACCGACCAGAGCCUGUUCAACCCGCUGACGACGGAAACGCUGAUAGCGGCGCUGCUGAUCGGCAUCAGCCUGCCCCAGACGACGGUGCACACGGGGGUGACGGAGCGAGUGGCGGGACACAACUUGCGCGAGGACCGCGAUGCCGAGAGCGUGGUGACGUUGGCGCUGCUGACCCGCCGCCGUCGCCGUCGUUCUAUCGACACCAACUGCCUGACAGCGGGCAUCCCCCCAGCCAGUAUCAUGGAGCGGUUGACGGUGCACCCUGGCGGUGGCGCCCUCAGCAACUACGCCCGGCUGAUCGAGGACCAGAAGAGCGAGCGCAGUGGCCGCAGCGGCCGUGACGAGAUCGAGACCCACUAG